AAGAGAAUGUUUUGGCUGCUUAAGUAUUUUUUGGUAAGGGUUAAAAUUGUCUUUUCUCAUAGUAAAAGUGUGCAAUACUAAUAAAAAAAACAUUUUGUUGUGUUCUUUAAUUUUAACUACUAUGGAAAGAGAGAGGAGAUAAAAAGACAAAAGUCACUUUGGCGUCUCCCUCGCUACCCUCUCUUCAUCACUCGGGAGCCUAAUUCAUUCACCCAUGGCAACGAGUUGUUCUCGCCGGUUAACAACCGGUUUAACAACGUCGAUCAGGUCGGUCCAAUCGCAUUCCGUAAACCGACCUCAAUCCAUCUCCCUAACCAUCCGUCGAAACCAUCACAUCAAUCCUCCACCUCGUCUUUUAUUAGUACCGUCGUCGAUCACUCCGCGUAUCAUCAGACGGGGGAGGACUAUCAAAGCUCUUUCACCGCCUCCGGCGAAGAGAUCCUUGUAUGGAUCGGCGAUCAAAAAGCCAGGCGUGUGCGGUUAUGCCAUCGGAGAAAACGAGGUCGAAAGGAGCAGUAGCAGCUGCGGCCAUGUGGUGGUUGAUCAUGUUGGGACGGCGGAGAUUGUUGUUUGGGCCGCGGCUACGGCGGCGUUUGGAGUCGGAAACCGUGUGAUGUAUAAGCUGGCGCUAGUUCCGCUCAAACAAUACCCCUUCUUCCUUGCGCAACUCUCCACCUUCGGGUAUGUAGCUGUAUAUUAUACUAUCUUGUAUAUUCGAUAUCGUGCUGGAACUGUCACAGAUGCGAUGCUCUCUGUGCCAAAACCUCCAUUUUUAAUUGUUGGCAUCUUAGAGGCUCUAGCUGCAGCUUCUGGAAUGGCAGCUGCAGCGAAUCUUUCAGGGCCAUCUACUACAGUUUUAUCUCAGACGUUUCUAAUCUGGCAAAUUUUCUUCUCCAUCGUUUUUCUCCGGAGGAGAUAUAGCGUAAACCAAAUACUCGGAUGCACUCUAGUAGCUCUCGGUGUAAUCGUCAGUGUGGCAAGUGGAUCAGGUGCCGCUCAUUCAUUAAAGGAAGCCGGAGUAUUUUGGAUUCUUUUAAUGGUCCUUUCUUUCUUCCUUCAAGGAGCAGGUACAGUAUUAAAGGAAGUCAUCUUUAUAGAUAGCCAAAAACGAUUAAAGGGAGCUUCACUCGAUCUAUUUAUAGUAAAUUCAUAUGGUUCAGCUUUCCAAGCCAUCUGCAUCGCAUUGCUUCUUCCGUUUCUUUCAAAACUUUGGGGCAUACCGUUUAAUCAACUAGGUAGCUACCUAAAAGAUGGUGCGGUUUGCUUCCUCAACAUUGGGACACUAACAAAAGGAUGUGAUGGGGCUCCGCUUUUGCCUCUAUUGUUUGUGAUAGUGAACAUUGGCUAUAACAUUGCGCUUUUAAGACUGCUCAAGCUUUCAACCGCUGUGGUGUCAUGUCUUGCAUCGACAAUCUCAGUGCCAAUUGCAGUGUUUCUGUUCACAUUGCCAUUACCAUACCUUGGAGUUGCAUCAUCACUACCAACAGGGUUCAUGGGAGGCACAAUCAUACUUGUAUUGGGAAUGAUUCUUUACAGUUGGACACCACAAGGAGCUAACUCUUCUCAUACUGAUACAGUCAUCCCUUCACCUCCUCCCACCUAGAGAGGGCUUUAAGUAAGGGUUUUUGUUUUCAAUAAAAAAGAUUUGAGAGAUUUAUGAAGAUUCGUUUUGGAUCAAGGUAAUAUAUGAGGAUUGAAUGAUGUAUAUAUCGUAACAUAUUUCGAUGACGUUAAUGAAAAAGUUGACGCUUUCUUA